CCUUGCAGGGAGCCAAUAAGCACAGCACAACAUCUAAGAGGGGCCUCGGGCGGAGUUGGCUCCGUCUAAAGUGGCCCAAAAGCCACCCAGAUCAUCAUGUCCGCCAUCAGGGUAGACGGAAGAAGACCCCGAAUUCUGUCGCUUGCCUAAUCUGGAGCACCCUGGGAUGGAAUAGCAUCUUCUUUCUUUCUUUCUUUCUUUUUUUUUUUUUACACCUUCUUCCAACUCUGCAUAUUAAGUUGAUGGCAUCCCCCCGUCCCUCUUCUCGACACGAACAUGCCCUCGCCACAGCGGACUCUUUGCCCCGGAACCUCAGAAUCAUCCCUGCGCUCACCCUUUUAUACCCUUGACAAUGCCAGAUACGAGUAGCUCCUCGUCCUCGCCACCGACCAAAUAUCGCCGGGUUGGCUCGGAGCGUGCAGAUUCAUCUGACGGUGUGCCAUCUUUGAUCGAACACGAGACCGCAUCUGCGCCUACGUCCGCUACAUCGUCCACAUACACGUCUACACACACGUCUACAUCUACGUCUCUAUACGCGCCUGCAUUGCCUGCGUCUUCUGCGCCCCUCUACUACACCAAGACGGGGCGGCGGCCAGUGAAGAAGGCUGUCAGCGUUGCUUGCGAAUCUUGCCGAAAGCGCAAAAUUAAGUGCAAUGGGAACCGGCCGAAGUGCGCAGGUUGCCAGACGCGCGAGAUCGAGUGCAACUAUGACUCGGUCUAUCGUGAGGAGACAAACACGGCCGUGCUGAAGCGCAAGUAUCGAGAGGAAAGCAAAAAAUCAUCUGCUUUUGAAGAGCUGUUCAAUGCUCUUCAGACAUGCUCGGAGAAGGAUGCAAAGACCAUGUUCAGCCUGGUACGCCAGGGCGUUGAACCCGGGACCCUUUUGAGGCAGAUCAGGGAAUGUGAUCUUCUGCUGCAGCUUUCUGUCGUCCCGGAGACUCGGAGGCGCUACCAGUUUCCCUAUGUUGCCUCCAUGCCAACCCAUCUUCAAACUCCGGAUAACCCAUAUCUGAAGUCGCUGCUGUAUGAAACUGCCUUCCACGGAGCUGGACAAGAGGACGCCCACGAGAGCACACAAUCGGAACAAGCGCAGACCAACGAUUAUCUGAAUAUAUAUCUGCAGCCAUAUCAUGCUGCCGAACUCUUGGACCCUCUGAUCGACCACCUCAAGCCCUCCGAGUGGACACAGGUAGCCACUGACGACCACUUGAUGCGGACGCUCAUACGAGCUUACAUUCUCCACGAGUAUCCAACGUUUCCCGUAUUCCACAAGGAUAUAUUUUUCCAGGCCAUGAUUGACCAUGACUUGCGAUUUUGCAGGCCAGUGCUCGUCAAUGCCCUGCUAGCAGAAGCAUGCCACUCCCUCAUGGGUAUACCCAACCGCAACCAGUUCUGGGUCCCCCAUAGUCUCAGAUAUCGCUUUCUGGCAGAGGCAAAGCGCUUAUGGGAGCUAGAAAGCCAUAGGGUGGACCUGGUUUCUGUGCAAACUGCCACGCUCCUGAAUCUCAUCUAUAGCCACAACGGCAUGGACAAGGUCGGUCAGCCGUACCUGGUGCAUGCUCUCAAAGUCGCUCAGCAAUUGGAUCUGUUUGGAGAUCACGCAAAUGAGACGUACGAGAGAAUGGUUCAUGCUCGCGUCUUUACGGCCUGGGCUCUCUUCAACUGGCAAUGCAUCCAAUCUUACUACUAUUAUCGAGCUCCUUUGAUUCCUGAUCCGCCGGCCAAGCCGCUGCCUAACCCAGAUGAGCAUCCGUUCUGGUACGGAGACUUCAAGCUGAGAUACCCGCUGAGCUCAACGUUGGUUCCUGCACAAUAUGGGCAUUAUUUUAGAGCAAUUUCCGGCUUGCGUUCAAUCAUCAACGACAUGGCUGCAGUCAGCUACAGCCAGAAGGAAAAUAACACGGAAUCUCCCAGCCGGAUCUGGUCCAUCUUCUCGAGAUUAGAGAAGUGGUAUCUGGGCCUGCCCGCUGCUCUCUCUCCUCGCAAUAUCGUCUUCCCAUGGCAGCUCAAAGUACACAUGGAGCUUUACUUGGCCACCAUCCUUUUCUCUGCAAAGCAAGCCGGUAUUUCGGAAGCCUCAACCCUCAUGAAGGAGACUGCCCAAAAGACGGCUGCUCAUGCAGCCGCUCGCCUCGAGACUGUUGGUCGCCUCUACUAUAUCCGGCACAGCUUUGAAUACUGCGAUCCCUUCUUGACCAUUCAUCUGUCCUUUAUAGCCGGCGGAGCAAUGGACAGUCUCAAAAUGACUCCUCCUCACGACCUGGAAACUAUCAAGUCGUUGAGAUCGACAAUCAUCUUGAGCCUAAAAGGACUCUAUGAUCAAGGCCAACACAUCCACCUCACCUCAGUCAUCUACCGGCUGCUACGGGAUCGACUGGCACCCCGAGACCUAGCGAUCCUUCAGAACUACGUGGUUUGGGAUCCUCUCACUGCCGAAGAGCCGUUAUUGGUCGAAUACGCCCAAUCCCAUUAUCCUCUCACAAUGGGAAACAAAGAUGAAGAUCCAACUUCCGUGCGGCUUGAAACCUUGGUCAAGGACUAUGAGCAGCUUUCGACAGAAGAUACAGAGGAGACUUGGUGAUUUGACGUCAAUUUGCUGAGAGCUCUGGGUAGAAUCUCGACCGACUUGGCCUGGUAUACUGAAUCGGCAGGCCAUCUUGCUGUCUUUAUUCGAAUGUGAUUGGUACUACGUAAUUAGAAGAUGGGCGAGAGUGUGUUGAGUCUCAAGCGACGAGCUCACCUCCUCGUUGAAACGACCAACGCGUGGAACAACUGGGGCUGUCGGUCAGUCAGCUAAAGAAAGGAUGGCAGAAACGUCAGGUGGAGUUUAUGUCAAAAUGUCGUGUCUGGACCGCAGUGAGAUGCCCCAAACAAAAAAGAAAAGAAAGACCAAGAAUCACAACGCCACUACUAUGCGAAAGGGAGUUUAAACAAAAAGAAGAAGCAUCACAUAUUUGCCAAACGCAGCGUUGA